AUGUUCUACUGGAUACUCUUCGCUGUUAUGCUGGAUUAUGUCUACUUCAAAGUCAAGUACACGACGCCGAACGGGCCUCCGGUGUGGUACGUGUUCCCGUUCGUGGGAGCGGCGCCGAUUUUCUGCUUGCCCACCUUCAUCUACAAGCGUAUCUACCUAUGGUAUUUGAAAUAUGGCCCGGAUGUGAUUCUAACGCGAGCGCCCAGAGCCGUGGUGCUGACGAAAGGAUCCGCUACCAAAGCUGCUCUUCGCAACGAGAAUUGCCAGAGCAAACCCGAAGUAUAUCUCAUGACUUAUCUCGGAUGGAUAUUGACGGGGAAAGACGGUCUAGUCUACACCGACGGCGGCCAGGUCGAAUGGAGGUCUCACCGCAAAAUCGACGUCGCCGCUCUAUACGCCCUGCCCAGACGUGAGAUGGUCGUGAAAUCCUCCGAAGUGGUGGAUGUCUUCCUCCGGGAGAUCCAAAAACACGAAGGAGAAGCAUGGGACUGUGAGCAUGAGCUGGAAGUCGCCAAGUACCAAGAGUCGGCCAAUUUAAAUUUGGGAUCUUGUUUCGAAGAUAGCGACAUCAAACAAUUCGUGGCCAUCGUGGCGAACGUCUUCAAGAAGAUGCUGGUGGUGUCUAUUGCGAUAAACAUCAUGCCACGGAGCUUAAUCCCUUGGGUCGAGGGCCUCCUCCCUAAGAUUGUGAGGCCUGCGCACAUAGCUCGAGUGUACAACGAGGCCUUGUGGGUAUUAAUCCAGAAAAAACUAUCGGAGAAGGAAGACAACCGAACCCGAGAUUUCCUCGCAGCAACGCUCCGGGUCAAGAAGCCCGCCGAAGCCCACGAAUAUCUCCGCGCAUCUUCCUUCUUCCUCAUGAUAGGUAAUACUCAUAGUACUCAUCACACGAUUCUGAGCGCUCUCACGAACUUAGCUCUAGAACCUGCGAUCCAGGACAGGCUAUACCAAGAAAUAAAAUACGUCCUCGGCCACGACGAGCUCACGCUUGAGCACCUCGAUAGCAUGCCCCUCUUGAAAGCGGUUAUCAUGGAGACCAACCGUCUGGACAGUCCGUUCCCUUUUAAUCUGAGGCUCAGCACAGCCCCGACGGACAUCCUCGGAUUCCCGAUUCCCGCCGGAAUGCCGAUUCUGAUGUUCAUCCACGCAGAGAAUUGGAAUCCGGACCAUUUCCCGCAACCUCUCUCGUUCCGACCCGAGCGAUUCAUCGAUGAUCAAGGAAAUUAUUUGCCGAAUCCCAACCACGGCAUAUUCGGCGGGGGCAAACGCGAGUGUCCUGGUAAACACAUAAAUAUCACGACCGCGGGCGUUUUCCUUUCGAAAAUCCUUCAGCACUACCGGGUGGAGCCAGCGAAUAUCAACGCUAAGCCGGCAGAACGGAUCAGCUCCAUGUUUCCGGCUCCGUCCAAGAUCCCCUACCGGUUCAUUCGGAGGAACAAAGACUUGCCUCUGCCUCUGACGGAGCCCGCUUCAGAUCUCUCAGAAAUUUUCAGAGAGGUUCUUGAUCGAGUCAAAUGA